UGUAGCGUGCGCGUGCGUGCGCGGCGAGUGCGGUCCGAUUGUGGCUUGGCUUGGCUUGUGUUGUGUUGUAGCCAGUCUACUUUUAUUUUUCUUUUAAACCCCCCUCGUGUUUAGCUUGCAUAGCGAUGGGAAUGUGCGAGCAAUGGCUGUGAAGUACACUGGCCGAGCGUUGCUGGCCCUGCUCGGGUUGCUGGCCGUCGGGGACGCUCUUCGUUGUAACUGCACAACAUGCGAGAAGACGGGCUAUGAGUGCGAGACGGAUGGCGCCUGCAUGGCUUCCACGUUCACCAUCCAGGGAAAGGAGCAACACAUGCGCAUCUGCAUCAACAGUGACGACCUGGUUCCACCCGGGCAACCCUUCUACUGUCUGAGCGCUGAGGGUCUACUCAACACUCAUUGCUGCUAUGUAGACUACUGCAACAGUAUUGACCUGAAAGUCCCUGUCCCCACGAAGGAGGACCUCUCGGGCUCGGGCGGCUCCUGGGGCCCUGUGGAGCUGGUGGCUGUCAUCGCUGGGCCCGUCUUUUUGCUCUGUGUGCUGCUCAUGGUGGGCGUUUUCCUGUUCCAGUAUCAUCAGAGGGCUUACAGUCACAGGCAGAGGCUGGAGGUAGAAGACCCAUCCUGUGACCAUCUUUACUUGGCCAAGGACAAGACCUUGCAGGACCUCAUCUACGACAUGUCUACCUCCGGAUCAGGCUCUGGCCUGCCCCUGUUUGUGCAGCGGACCGUGGCCAGGACCAUAGUUCUGCAGGAAAUCAUAGGAAAGGGCCGCUUCGGGGAGGUGUGGCGCGGCAAGUGGCGCGGGGGGGACGUGGCAGUGAAGAUCUUCUCAUCCAGGGAGGAGCGCUCCUGGUUUAGGGAAGCCGAGAUCUACCAGACAAUCAUGCUGCGCCAUGAAAACAUCCUGGGUUUCAUCGCCGCGGACAAUAAGGACAAUGGCACAUGGACUCAGCUGUGGCUGGUGUCAGACUAUCACGAGCACGGGUCCCUUUUCGACUACCUGAACCGCUACUCGGUCACCAUAGAGGGCAUGAUCAAGCUGGCGCUGUCGGCUGCCAGCGGUCUGGCUCAUCUGCACAUGGAGAUCCUGGGCACUCAGGGCAAGCCCGGCAUCGCGCACCGUGACCUCAAGUCCAAGAACAUCCUGGUGAAGAAAAAUGGCAUGUGCGCCAUCGCCGACCUCGGCCUGGCCGUCCGCCACGAAUCCAUCACGGAUACCAUUGAUAUUGCUCCGAACCAGCGUGUGGGGACAAAAAGGUACAUGGCUCCAGAAGUGUUGGACGAAACCAUCAACAUGAAGCACUUUGACUCGUUCAAGUGCGCCGACAUCUACGCUCUGGGUCUGGUCUACUGGGAGAUCGCACGGCGCUGCAACGCGGGAGGCAUCCACGAGGAGUACCAGCUGCCCUACUUUGACGUGGUGCCCUCGGAUCCCUCCAUCGAGGACAUGAGGAAGGUGGUGUGUGACCAGAAGCUGCGGCCUAAUGUGCCCAACUGGUGGCAGAGCUACGAGUCGCUGCGCGUGAUGGGCAAGAUCAUGCGGGAGUGCUGGUACGCCAACGGCGCUGCCCGGCUGACGGCGCUGCGCAUCAAGAAGACUCUGUCGCAGCUCAGCGUGGAGGAGGACAUCAAGAUGUGAACGAAGCCCUGCCAGUUUUGAAGCCAAGGCCUACCUCACCUUUUUAGCCAAAACUACUGAGACCCACCGACCCUGUUCAAUGUCCCCGUGUCUCCUCAGACCGCCCCCCCAGUCCACCACGCCCGAACCGCUUCCGCUGGGGAUGGGCCACAGCACUACCACUGUUAAUAUCAUCUCACUCGAUUGUUUCAUUUUCACCUUCCAGAUGGCAGGAACUACUAUUGUACAGUAAUCUUUUCUUAUUAUUUUUGUUUUUAAUGAAAGAAAUCACCUAGAUAGCGCUAUGGUGGGGCAACUAACUGGUUAGUGUGUUCGCCUUAGAGUUCUGAGAACCCGGGUUCAAAUCCUGGCCCCGUCUGCGUGGAGUUUGCAUGUUCUCCCCGUGCCUGCACCCCGGUUUAGUCCCACACCCCAAAAACAUGCAUCAAUUGGACACUCUAAAUUGCCCAUUGGUUUGAUUUUAAGGGCGACUGUGGUUUGUCUCUUUGUGCGCUGUGAUUGGCUGGCAACCAGUUCAGAGUGGACCCCGCCUCCUGCCCGAUAACAGCUGGGAUUGGCUCCGGCACUCCCGCACCCCUUGUGAGGAUAAGCGGCUUAGAAAAUUAACAAAUAAAUCAAUCAAAUUGUCCCACACACAUACACCUGUGAAUGUUUGAGGAAGGCGAAGGCCAUGUUUGUAGUCCCGUGCGAUAGAACUACAAACACAUCCCCUCGUCACACCCAUCACUCCCCGGAGAAAACAAAACAAAAAAAAAAUGUGACCAUGUGUAGCUUCGUCUGUGCAACCUGCAGGCAAUCACUGGACUGGCAGGGAAACAUAUAUUUUAAUUUUUUUUUUUUUUUUUUUUUAAACUUGUGGACGAACACUGUGAGAUGAGCGGCGUGUCGCUAAUCGGCGCUCUUGGCAUCUGGCGUCGCGAUGACAUCGGGGCACCGAGCCGAGGUGUGUAUCAAAAUGUUUUUAUUCUUUUUAAUAUAUAUAUAUCUAUAUAUUGUGCGUUUCUGUCAUGAAUCGUGUUUUCUUUUGUGACUUUUGAAACUACUGAUGGGUACCUUUCUUUUUUUUUUUUUUUUUUUUUUUUUUUUUUUUUUUCCCUUUUUUGAUAACACUCCCCAUCCACAAGCAACAAUGUGAACAGUGACGGUACUUUGUCGUCCCCCCCUCCGCCCCCCCAAACAAAACAAAAUCAAUCUGCUGCAUUUUUUCUUCUUUAUUUUUAUUUAUUAUUUUUUUGUCUCCCUCAUUUGUUGGUACUACUGACCCCACGUGUUUGCUGCAGCUGUUUUCCCUUGUUUUCAUGUUUGGGAUUGCCAAGCGAAUCGUUUGCAGGACUCAGCAAUGCAGGUGUGAUUCAAACACCACCUCUUACUAACACUGGAAUAUUCUUCGGAGUGAGCUGGAAUUCUGGAUCCGGUUUGAUUGCAAAACAUGAUGUCAUAAGUAGUUCCUGGAAUGGCUGCCAAAGUGAAGCUGCAUGUUUUUUAUCCAUUUUCGUUUGCCUCGGCAACGCCGAGGUGUUGAUCAGGAAUCCGUGUCUCUUUGUGUCCGCAUUUGUCUGUCGUGCAUGCAACCGGGGAUAAACGGGAGAUACAAACCGUCCAAAAAGUACAACUGCCCUGGCCGUGUUUUGUUUUGUUGCCAUUGACAUCCUGUCCAUGUGUAAUAUUUCAUGAUAGAAAAAUCCAUGUCUUGUAGAUGUUUUAAGAUUAGUGUAUAUAGGUGAUAAACAAUAAAUUCCUUCUUUUUUUCUUAAAAGUGACUGGCUU